CUUCUCAUAUUUAUUUACACGUCACAUGAAAACAGAAAGUUUGUGUUGCUAUUUUCCGAUUCAACGACGAAAAUUAUCCGUAUCUAUUUGUAUUUUUGUAAAUUGUAGUAAAGAAAGAAGAAAAAAUGGCUAAUAGUUAUACACCACCUGAUCGUUCAACUUAUGAUCCGGGCUGGAAUGAUCCACCGCCAAUGCCAUCAAUGACACCACAACCAGUUGUUGCUGGAAAACCACGAAUCAGUUUAAAUAAACGCGUGGCAUUUCCAAUGCAAUCGUCUGGAACGACUAGUGCAAAUGUGAAAACAACUGCUGAAGGUCUUCCGCUGCCGUUUUCAACAGCAAAAUAUCAACCACCACCACAAAUGCCGACGAUUCCAAUUGCUGAAGCACCGGUUAUGCCACCUCCCAUAGCACCUCCACCCAUAGCACCUCCAGCAUUGAAUCCUCCAAGUAUUCCAAUUAAAACACCGACCACAGAAGCCGUUAACGAUGGAUUUGAUUCAGCCACAGCAAGAGAAUUUUCUAAUUCAAUUUUUGCUCGAUUAAUUGAUGGGUUGACAAUCGAUGUAGGUAAACUUAGUGAAAUACGAAAACGUCUCGAACUUUUGGAUCAGAUGUGGCAAGAGAAUAAAUUGAAUGCCGCUUCACAACAGAUUUUGUUCCAACUUGCCAAAGCAUUGGAAAAUAAAGUUGCCGUGGAGGCUAUGGAACAGCAUCGACUCUUGGUCACACAACAUACCAAUGUAUCGACUCAAUGGGCUCCAGCACUGCGACAGUUAAUUUUGUCUAUUUCACCCGAAACCGAAGCAGAUUCUCAGAAUGCACCGGCUGUACUUCCCGAUACCGACGUCGUACAAUUCGUUGAUGUGAGCGCAAAACCAACUGUAAUGGACCAUAUUCCGAUUAUUCCACAAGAGCCGAUAAAUCUAAAUCCAUUACCAGCAUCUAGCAGUGACGUCAACUUAAUUCCAAGCGAAAAUGCAUUACAAUCGAAUUGUGAAAAUUCACCAAAACCGAAAUUUGGGCGAAUUUUACAUCUUUGAUGGCAUAAAUGAUUUAAAUACGUGUGAUGUACCCGAUAUUAUUGAAAAUAUAAAAUUAAUUAUGAA